AUCUUACAAAUUUAAACGCUUCACGUUUGUUAAUUUUUGAAGGUAUUUAAUGACAAGCUCUCGUCGUCAUUUAUAAGAUAUACAUUUUUAAUUACAUCAAUAGGUUUCUUAUUGAAUGGAGGUGGAGAUUUAUUAACGUUUUAGCUUUGUUGCUGGAGUUAUUCUUCGCGAAAGGAUACCGCCCUUUGAAAGGAUGCUUUGGCGAGCCUGCAGAGGGAAUGUUUUUCUGAGGCAAGCAGAGAUCGAAACGCCAUUGGAAGACCCAUCAUCGGGUGAUCAAGUUUACAAGUCCGUUUUUAUUAUUUUCUUCCAAGGAGACCAGUUAAAAACUCGUGUGAAGAAAAUAUGUGAAGGUUUCAGAGCAACAUUGUAUCCAUGCCCCGAAGCUCCAGCCGAUCGAAGAGAAAUGGCAAUGGGAGUUAUGACACGAAUCGAAGAUUUGAAUACUGUUUUGGGUCAAACACAAGAUCAUAGACAUCGCGUUCUAGUAGCUGCUGCGAAAAAUAUUAAAAACUGGUUUGUUAAGGUCCGAAAAAUAAAGGCCAUUUACCAUACCCUUAAUCUUUUUAAUUUGGACGUAACUCAGAAAUGUCUGAUAGCUGAAUGUUGGGUACCAGUUUUGGACUUGGAAAAUAUACAACUUGCUCUUCGACGGGGCACGGAACGAAGUGGUAGUUCCGUUCCGCCAAUAUUAAAUCGAAUGGAGACAUGUGAAAAUCCACCGACAUACAAUCAUACCAACAAAUUCACGAGCGCUUUUCAGGCGCUUAUCGAUUCAUAUGGAAUAGCUUCUUAUAGAGAGAUGAAUCCAGCACCGUAUACAAUAAUUACAUUUCCUUUUCUUUUUGCGGUAAUGUUUGGCGAUUUGGGCCAUGGUAUGGUUAUGGCAUUGUUUGCAGCGUGGAUGAUUUUUAAAGAGAAGCCACUGGCAGCCAAAAAAACAGAUAAUGAGAUAUGGAACAUAUUCUUUGGCGGUCGUUACGUUAUAUUCUUAAUGGGAGUUUUCUCAAUGUACACUGGCUUUAUCUACAACGAUAUAUUUUCUAAGUCUAUAAACGUUUUCGGAUCAAAAUGGACCGUUAACAAUAUCUCUUUAGAAAAAAUGAACAAGGAAAAAGUAUUAAUGCUCAGUCCUUCAACAAACGAUUACGAGGGAGUUCCGUAUGUCUUCGGAAUGGAUCCUGUUUGGCAGUUCGCUCAGAAUAAAAUUAUAUUCCAUAAUUCUUACAAAAUGAAGAUUUCCAUAAUUUUUGGUAUAAUUCAUAUGCUUUUUGGAGUGUCUUUAAGUUUACUGAAUCAUUUAUACUUUAAUCACCGAUUGGAUAUCAUUUGCGAAUUUAUUCCGCGAAUUAUAUUUAUGAGUUUCAUUUUNUGCAUUUUGAUUUUUCUAUAG